AUGGAUUAUAAAGAGGAACAAACACAGGAGAUAGAGGUGCUCGAGUCUAUCUAUCCAGAUGAAUUAGAGAUUUUGAAUGCAAAUUAUCCAAAUAUCCAAUUCAAAAUUGAUUUAAAUCUUGAAUUGAAUGAAAUUUCUCCUUCUCUAACAAAACAACAUUCAUUAGAAAUAACUUUCACACUGCCAGAAACCUAUCCAGAUGAACCCCCUCUAAUUUCUAUCGAUUCAUUCGAGGAAUCCCUUGUCGAUGAAUCAAGUGAUGAGGAAGAUGAAGACGAUGAUGGAAUUGAAUUUGAUGACCAUGGUAAUAAGAUACUGAAAAAUAAUGUGAAUUUACCAGAUGCAAUAUCUUUUAAUGAGUAUAUUCCUGAUCUGGAAACAAAAUUAUUGAAUGCCAUCGAUGAAGAUAUGUUAUUAGGUAUGCAAAUGUGUUUCACCGUAAUUUCAAAUGCAAAGGAAUUUUCAGAAACGUGGUUCAGUGAACGUUUACAGCAUUUGGAAAAAUUACAUGAGCUAGAAGUGGAAAGACGUGAGAAGGAAGAACAGGCAAAAUUCAAUGGUACAAAAGUUACCAAGGAAUCAUAUUUGAAAUGGAGAGAAAAUUUUAGAAUUGAAUUGAAAUUAGAUGUAAGAGACGAAGCUAGGAGACUAAAGGCACAUAAUGGUAAAUUAACGGGUAAACAAAUGUUUGAACAAGGUGUUGAUGGAACAUUGGAAGAAAAUGAUACAGAAAUUAUCGAUGAUGAAGCAGAUUUAGAUCAAAUCACCACCGACUUGAAAGAAACUGCCAUAUAG